GUGUGUGCGCGGCCGUUGGCGUCGCGCGGCGGGGGCGGUUGUCCUGGAGAAGCAAGAUGGCGGCGACGGCGGCCGCGGUGGUGCCGGAGGAGGACACGGAGCUCCGCGACCUGCUGGUGCAGACGCUGGAGAACAGCGGGGUGUUGAACCGCAUCAAGGCUGAACUCCGGGCCGCAGUGUUUCUAGCGCUGGAGGAGCAAGAAAAGGUACAGAACAGAACUCCUUUAGUCAAUGAGAGCCUGAAAAAGUUUUUAAAUACAAAAGACGGCCGGCUCGUGGCCAGUCUGGUCGCGGAAUUCCUUCAGUUUUUCAAUCUCGAUUUUACCUUGGCGGUUUUUCAACCUGAAACUAGCACACUUCAAGGUCUGGAGGGUCGAGAGGACCUCGCCCGAGACUUGGGCAUCAUCGAAGCUGAGGGGACCGUGGGGGGCCCCCUGCUCCUGGAGGUGAUCAGGCGCUGCCAGCAGAAGGAGAAAGGGCCCGUCGGCGGGGAGGGCGCCGUCAGCCUCUCCGACGGACACGCGCCAGCCCGGUCCCCCGAGGGGAAGAGCACCCCCAGUAAGAUACCAAGGUAUAAAGGACCAGGUAAGAAGAAGACAAGCGGGCGGAAGUCUGGUGCCAAGAAGGCCGGCGGCGAGGCCAGCCAGAGCGACUCGAGCGUCUCCUCCUCCGAGUCCAGGGCCAGGGCCGGCCCACCCCCUCGGGACCCCGACGCCCCCACGGCGGCCCUGCUGGGUGGCAGGGGAGCGGAGGGCCAGGCCCACGCUGGGCUGGGGGACGACGGCGACGAUGGCGACUCUUUCUUUGAUGACCCCAUUCCGAAGCCCGAGAAGACAUACGGCGGCUGGAGAAGCGAGCCGAGCAAGCCUGCGGGAAGCCUGGCCUCUCUCUCCGACGCCCCCCCACUGAAGAGCGGCCUCAGCUCCCUGACCGGCGCCCCCUCUGCGAAAGACCCGGAAAGUAAACGGGGGGUCGCGGCGGCCUCGAAGGACCUGAGGGUCGGCGGCAAGAUCGGGGCCCCGGGCUCAGGGCCCGGCGAGGACGACUACGCCGACGACUUCAACAGCACCAGCCACCGCUCAGAGAAGAGCGACCUGAGCAUCGGCGAGGAGAUCGAGGAGGACCUGUCUGUGGAGAUCGAUGACCUCAACACCAGCGACAAGCUGGAUGAGCUGACCCAGGACCUGACAGUGUCGCAGCUCAGCGACGUGGCCGACUACCUGGAGGACGUGGCGUAGCCGGCCGGGCCGGAGUGCCACUAGCACGGCCAUCUGCACCCCGCCGCCUCCUGGCCUCCCGGUCCCGCGUCCGGCCGCAGAGGCCUUGCAGUGUUGUCCCACUAAACACGUACUGCAGCCCA